AUGUUUGAAGCUUAUAGGACCAGCUCAAUCGAUUGGAAGCCAUCUCCAGUAGUAGCCCUAGCCACCAGCGUCGACGACUCUCAAGUCGCCGCAGCUCGUGAAGACGGCUCGCUCGAGAUUUGGCUAGUCUCUCCCGGCGCCGUCGGCUGGCACUGUCAGCUGACGAUUCAUGGUGACCCUGAAUCGAGAGCCUCGUCGCUUAUUUGGUGUCGUGCUGGCUCAAAUGGCUUGCCUUGUGGUCGGUUAUUCUCGUCGAGCAUCAACGGUUCGGUUUCACAGUGGGAUCUUUUCCAUUUGAAGCAGAAGACUGUGUUAGAUUCUAUUGGGGUCUCAAUCUGGCAAAUGGCUGUUGCACCGUGUAGUAAUGAUACCAAAUCUAAUGAUACCAAAUCUAAUUCCCACCCUGUUGGAAAUGGCUUUAUAAAAGCUAAUAGUACCGACCCGGAUGAUCCUGAAACCAGUGAUAGCGAAGAUGAUUCCGACUCAGAUGAAACUAAUGAGCAAUCAGUUGUUGAGUACCCGUGUGUGGCAUUAGCUUGUGAUGAUGGUUGUGUGCGAAUUUACAGUAUUACUGACACUGAUGAGUUUGUUUACACUAAAUCGUUGCCUAGGGUCGGUGGACGUGUUUUGAGUGUGGCAUGGAGUCCUGAUGCUAAAUUUAUAUAUUCAGGGAGUAGUGAUGGGAUUAUAAGAUGCUGGGAUGCUAAAUUGGGCCAUGAAAUCUACAGGAUUACCGUUGGACUUGGAGGUCUGGGUAGUGGACCUGAACUGUGCGUGUGGUCUUUACUUUCCCUUAGGUGUGGGAACCUUGUAAGUGCAGACAGUACUGGAAGUGUUCAGUUUUGGGAUAGUCAGCAUGGUACUCUAUUGCAGGUGCAUUCUUACCACAAAGGUGAUGUGAAUGCUCUGGCAGCCGCUCCCAGCCACAAUAGGGUGUUUUCUGCUGGUUCUGAUGGUCAGGUUAUUCUUUAUAAGCUUUCUAGUGAGACAGCGGGAUCUAGUGAUGACAAGUCUUCUUCUAAUGUGAUGAAGAAAUGGAUCUAUGUUGGUCUUGUAAAAGCUCAUACACAUGAUAUUAGGGCGUUGACUGUGGCUGUACCAAUCAGCAGAGAAGAUCCCUUGCCAGAUGAAGGCAUAAAAAGAGCCCGUCGAGACCGCCAUAGGGAAAAGCCUGCUGAGUUUAGUUAUCAUAAAUGGGCACAUUUGGGUGUUCCCAUGCUUAUCUCUGCUGGUGAUGAUACAAAGCUGAUCGCCUACCCAGUUAAGGAGUUCACACAGUUCUCUCCUCAUGAUAUCUGCCCAGCACCUCAGAGAGUAUCAAUUCAACUGGCGCUUAAUACAUCAUUCAAUCAAACAUCGUUGCUUCUUGUUCAAGCUUCUAGUUGGAUAGAUAUCAUGUGUGUACGUACAAAAAGUGGUGCCUUUUCUGAUAUGGCUCGUGGCCCUUCAGUGGGCCUAGCCUCAACGGAUCUUCUGGCUAGAGUCAAGUGUAAGGCAUCUCGGAAGAUCAUUUGCAGCACAAUUUCUAAUACGGGGGUGCUUUUUGCUUAUUCUGACCAUGUGAAACCUAGCCUAUUUGAAUUGAGGAAGUGUAAAGUUGGCAAAAGUGCAUUGACUGUUAAUAAAAGAUCACUUCCUCAGAAACUACCGUUUGCCCAUUCCAUGGUUUUUAGUUUUGAUUCUUCUCGCUUGAUCAUAGCAGGACAUGAUAGAAGAAUAUAUGUAGUGGAUGUGAGCCGAGCAGAACUAGUACACAGGUUUACCCCUUGCCGUGAGUUGCAUGAUCAAGAAUUACCACCUAGUGAGCCUCCCAUAACAAAAAUGUUUACCAGUUCUGAUGGGCAGUGGUUGGCUGCCAUCAACUGCUUUGGAGAUAUUUAUGUAUUCAAUCUGGAGAUACAGAGGCAGCACUGGUUCAUUUCAAGACUAGAUAGUGCCUCUGUGACAGCUGGUGGAUUUUCUCCACAAAACAACAAUGUGCUUGUAAUCACAACCUCCUCAAAUCAGGUAUAUGCAUUGGAUGUUGAGGAAAGGACACUGGGAGACUGGUCGAAGCAGCAUACGAAUGUUCUGCCGAAGAGAUUCCAAGAAUUUCCAGGCGAAGUUAUUGGGAUGUCUUUCCCACCCUCCACAAGUUCAUCUUCUGUUAUUGUUUACAGUUCCAGGGCAAUGUGCUGGAUUGACUUUGGGAUGCCCAUUGAUCGAGACGAUGAAAGUGACAUGCCAAACGGACUGCAAAGUAAUUCCAUUAAUGGGAAGAGACUAAAACGUAAAUUGACAGACAGUCAAGCUAAGAGUAAACUUAUUGCUAGGAAGAAUUUUGAAUUUUAUGCUUUCACAAAUCCAGCUUUAUUUGUGGGACAUCUUUCCAAAAGUUCUAUUUUGAUGAUAGACAAACCCUGGAUGGAAGUGGUUAAAUCUUUCAACACUGCGCCUGUACACAGACAUGUUUUCGGGACAUAA